AUGACAAAGGCCCAGGAGUCACUAUCACUGGAGGAUGUGGCUGUGAGGUUCACCUGGGAGAAGUGGCAGCUCCCAGGCCCUGCUCAGAAGGACCUGUACUGGGAUGUGAUGCUGGAGAACUACAGCAGCCUGGUGUCAGUGGGGUUUCAAGCCAGCUGGGUAGAUGUCCUCUCCAUGUUGGAAGGAGGAGAGCCACUGUGGACAUUAGAAGAUGAAAUCCACAAUCAAGUCCAUCCAGAAAUUGAGAAAGCUGAUGAUCAUCUGCAGCAGCAAUUGCAAAACCAAAAAAGGCCAAAGAGGGUGGAACAAUGUUAUGAACAGAAUGCACUUGGAAAUGUUCAGAGGUGCAAACAUCAUUUUCCUUUAAGGCCAAAUCAUGACAUGUUUGAUUUAUAUGGAAAAAUUUUGAAACCAUAGUUAGGUUUAUCCAACCAGAGCAGAAGAUAUACCAUAAAAGAGCUUGCUGAGUUAAAUGCAGAUAGGAGAUCCUUUCUCUGUGAUACUCAUGAGCAAACUCAUACUAAAGUUAAAUCUCAUGAAAGUAGAAAACCUACCAGCACCGAGUCACAAUUCCUUAAAGACCAACAAACAUACAAAAUAGAGAAAGGCCAUGAAUGUGCUAAAUGUGGGGAAGCUUUCCUCGAGAAGUCUCAGCUCACUGAACAUAAGAAAAUUCAUUUAGGAAAGAAACCCCAUGAAUGUAAUACCUGUGGGAAAACCUUCUACAAGAAGUUCAACCUCACUAAACAUCAGAGUCAUCUGAAAAUACAUACAGGAAAUAAGCCCCAUGUGUGCCCCGAAUGUGGGAAAAGUUUUGCCAGGAAAUCACUGCUCAUUGUGCAUAUGCCAAUUCAUAUAGAAGAGAAACCUUAUUUAUGUAGUGAAUGUGGAAAAGAGUUCAUUCAGAAGGGCAAUCUUAUGAUACAUCAACGAAUUCACAUGGGAGAGAAACCCUACAGAUGUACUGACUGUGGUAAAGCCUUCAGCCAGAAGAUCUGCCUCAUAGCACAUCAGAGAUACCAUACAGGAAGGAUGCCCUUUGUAUGUACUGAGUGUGGACAAUCCUGUUCACAGAAGUCAGUUCUCAUUAGACACCAGAGAAUUCACUCUGGAGGGAAAACCUAUAAAUGCAGUGACUGUGGGAAAGUCUUCAUUACAAAGGCAAAGCUCAUUACCCAUCGUAGAACUCAUACAGGAGAGAAACCCUAUGGAUGUGAUGAGUGUAAGAAAGCCUACUCUUACAUGUCUUGCCUUGUUAAACAUAAGAGAACACACAACAGGGAGAAAUGCAGUGAUUCAAUGAAGGUAGAAAAUUCUACAGUGAGUCACACCUUAUUGGACAGUAGUACACUCCUGCAAAGGAGAAACCCUGUUGAUGUAACAGUGCAAAUACCUUCCGUGACCCCUGAUACGUCAAACAUCAGUGGGCUCCUAGCAAACAGGAGUGUGGUCCCUGUGGGACAGCCAAUGGCCAGAUGUCCACCCUCAGGAGAAAACAGAGGAUUUACACCAGAGAGAAACCAGUCAUUAUGUAUUACUUUAUGUCACAAACAUGUAGGGAAAAAAAACCACCCGUAUAUUCAAUGUGGAAAAGCCUUGCUGAAUAUUUGCUUAAGUGUCACCUUUGAAAUCCUAUGAAUAGAGAAGCUAGGAAAGCUUUUUCUGAAAUAAUGGACCUUAUUGUGAAUAAUCACCGUGGAUUAUCAUGGAGCACGUAAUGAUGUAAUGAUUGUGAGGAAACCUUUGCCCUCAA